UGAAACCAGAGCAGACCAGAGGCAGCGUGUGAGUCGUGUGACUUGUGCAGUUUGCGAUGAUAUGGGAAGUUAUCGCAUUUCCUUGAGACAUUUUUGACGUCAAAUGUGGCACCGUUGCCAGCCCUUGUUUAAUGUGCGGCGUGUCUUUUUGACCUUCAACCCUCCAACUUUCACCAACGCGGUCCGACAGCGGCUAUCAAGUAUGGGCCCCGUGCAAAAGCCAGCUGUGCUGGUCACACGGCACGACGUAGCCAAGGAAGCUCUGGACCUUCUCUUUGACAGGUGCGAUGUCGAGGUGUGGAAUGAAGAUCAGCCGAUUCCUAGGCCGGUUCUUCUGCGAAAGAUUGCUGGCAAAGACGCUCUGUUUUGCUUGGUUACAGAGAAGGUAGACUCUGAAUUGUUGGAUGCUGCUGGCCCCAACUUGAAGGCAAUCGGUACAAUGUCAGUUGGUUAUGACCACAUCAACGUUGCUGAGUGCACAAAAAGGCGAAUCGCACUCGGCAACACGCCUCAUGUGUUAACUGACGCAACAGCGGAGCUAGGAAUCGGUCUUUUGCUUGCAACGGCUCGGCGAAUGUUCGAGGCUCAUCAGGCAAUAGGCAGUGGAGAGUGGAGCAGGGCUGCAUGGAGCCCAACAUGGAUGUGUGGCUCGGAGAUCAGAGGGUCAACUGUUGGAAUAGUUGGCAUGGGCAACAUAGGGCUUGGAAUUCUCGAGAGGCUAAAGGUAUUUAAGGUGUCACGGUUUCUGUACUAUUCAAGGUCCCGCAAAGCAGCAGCCGAGACAAUGGGUGCUCAGUUCACAACAUUCGAGGAAUUGUUGAGACAGUCCGACUAUGUAAUAGUCUGCUGUGCCCUCACACCUGAAACAAAAGGAAUGUUUCACAAGGAGGCCUUCAGCAUGAUGAAGAGCACAGCCUCAUUUAUCAACAUAAGCAGAGGCCAAGUUGUAGAUCAGGAGGCACUUUAUGAAGCCCUGGCUUCUGGAAUAAUCCGAUCUGCUGGCUUGGAUGUCAUGACACCAGAGCCACUCCCAAAAGAUCAUCCACUGUUAAAGUUACCAAAUUGUGUGAUCCUACCCCACAUUGGCAGUGCAGCAACUCACACCCGAACUGCAAUGGCCAUUCUAACAGCACAGAACAUAUUAGCCGCCCUUGAUGGUCUACAAAUGCCUGCUUCAGUGAACUAGACUGUCAAGAACGUGUUAACGUGGAAGUAUAUUUCUGGACCGUCUAAGAAGAAAA